AUGGGGAUGCAGCCUGUGGCCCUCAGGGCGGUGACAGGUGGUCGCUGUGCCCCAUCAGGCCGCACCUCUCUCCUGGCUCUGGCCGUGGUGCCCGCCCUCUCCAGGCGCGGACCAGGUCGGCCUGGCCGCAAGUCCUCCUCGGGAGGCCGACGCCCGCGUGGCGUUCUCUGGAAGCACGCGUGGGUGCAGACCGGGUGCGGGAAGCUCUGCGGGGCACGUGUGGAUGGCCAGGUGGGAGGAGAGGCUGUGGAUGAGGUGUGGAGGAUGCUGAAGAAAGUUCACUACCCUCCCAGGAAGGCACAGGCUUCACACAGAGAUACUGUCGCAGGUAUGGACGAGACGGCUCUGCUGGAGCAGCAGCCAGCUCACUCGGAGGUGUGCAGGACGCUGUCCUUGACAGAUGGUGUUUUGCCCUUGGAUGCGGACAACAUUGAUGAUGACUGUCCCAUUCCAAACUUCCAUAAAUGUGAAAUCUGUCUGCUGUCUUUUCCAAAAGAGUCCCAGUUUCAACGCCACAUGAGAGAUCAUGAACUAAAUGAUAAGCCACACCGAUGUGACCAGUGUCCCCAAACAUUUAAUGUUGAAUUCAACUUGGCCCUUCAUAAGUGCACACACAAUGGGGAGGAUCCUGCAUGCCCAGUGUGCCACAAGAAGUUUUCCAGAGUGGCCAGCCUCAAAGCGCACAUCAUGCUCCAUGAAAAGGAAGAGAACCUCAUCUGUUCUGAGUGCGGGGAUGAGUUCACGCUGCAGAGCCAGCUGGCCAUCCACAUGGAGGAGCACCGGCAGGAACUGGCCAACAACCGUGUCUAUACCUGCAAGGCCUGCAAGAAUGAGUUUGAGACGCCAUCAGAGCUGAAGGAGCACAUGAAGACUCACUAUAAAGUUAGGGUAUCAGGUACAAGGUCUUAUAAUCGGAACAUUGACAGAAGUGGCUUCACCUAUUCCUGUCCACACUGUGGGAAGACGUUUCAAAAGCCCAGCCAGUUAACUCGACAUAUAAGGAUACACACAGGUGAGAGGCCGUUCAAAUGCAGCGAGUGUGGAAAGGCAUUUAACCAGAAGGGGGCCCUGCAGACCCACAUGGUCAAGCACACAGGGGAAAAGCCCCAUGCCUGUGCUUUUUGUCCUGCUGCCUUCUCUCAGAAAGGGAACCUCCAGUCCCACGUGCAGAGAGUCCAUUCAGAGGUCAAGAAUGGCCCUACCUAUAACUGCACAGAGUGUAGUUGUGUGUUUAAAAGUUUGGGUAGCUUGAACACUCACAUCAGCAAGAUGCACAUGGGUGGAGCCUCAAAUUCCACAGGCUCUACAGAGACUGCCCACGUAAUAACGGCCACACUUUUUCAGACUCUGCCUUUGCAACAGACGGAAGCCCAGGUCUCCACCUCCAGCCAGCAGAAUUCUCAGGCAGUGACCGACGUCAUCCAGCAGCUCCUUGAGCUGUCAGAGCCAGGGGCUGUGGAUGCACAGCAGAUCCCACAGGCUGGGCAGCAGCUGAGCAUCACAGUGGGCAUCAACCAGGACAUCCUGCAGCAAGCCUUAGAAAACAGUGGGCUGUCUUCACUUCCAGUUGCAGCACCUCCCCACGACUGCAGCCACACCCCGCCGUCUGCAGCCCCGCCUCCCAGCCCACCUGCCUCGGGUGUGUCUGUGGAGCCGGUGGACCCUACAGUGGCUGCGCAGGAAAAGGGGCAGGAGAGCUCCGAGAAGGCAGAAAAGAGAGAGAAGAAAGUCAUGAAGAAGAAGUCACCGCUCCUACCUGGUUCCAUCCGAGAAGAGAACGGGGUCCGGUGGCAUGUCUGCCCCUACUGCACCAAGGAGUUCCGGAAGCCCAGCGACCUCGUGCGCCACAUCCGCAUCCACACCCAUGAGAAGCCCUUCAAGUGUCCGCAGUGUUUCCGGGCCUUCGCUGUGAAGAGCACGCUGACUGCGCACAUCAAAACCCACACCGGCAUCAAGGCCUUCAAGUGCCAGCACUGCAUGAAGAGCUUCUCCACCUCAGGGAGCCUCAAGGUGCACAUCCGCCUGCACACAGGAGUCAGACCUUUUGCCUGUCCUCACUGUGACAAAAAGUUCCGAACCUCAGGACACAGGAAGACUCAUGUUGCCUCCCACUUCAAACACACCGAGUUGAGGAAAAUGAGGCACCAGCGCAAACCUACGAAGGUUCGCAUUGGCAAGACAAAUGUUCCCGUCCCCGACAUUCCUCUGCAAGAACCAAUUCUCAUAACUGACUUGGGUCUUAUCCAACCCAUUCCAAGAAGCCAGUUUUUCCAAAGUUAUUUUAAUAAUAAUUUUGUCAAUGAAGCAGAUAGACCAUACAAGUGUUUUUACUGUCAUCGGGCAUAUAAAAAGUCUUGCCACCUUAAACAACACAUCAGAUCACAUACAGGGGAAAAGCCUUUUAAGUGUGCUCAGUGUGGAAGAGGCUUUGUUUCUGCAGGUGUGCUCAAAGCGCAUGUCCGGACGCACACAGGACUGAAAUCUUUUAAGUGUCUGAUCUGUAAUGGAGCCUUUACCACUGGCGGUAGUUUACGGCGGCACAUGGGCAUACAUAAUGACCUCCGUCCCUACAUGUGUCCUUACUGCCAGAAAACAUUUAAGACCUCCCUAAACUGCAAGAAGCACAUGAAAACCCAUAGAUGUUCGGUAGGCAGAUCUCUACUCUUUGCAGCCUGCCUCGGCUCUGCACAGACCGUGAGCAUUGUGAGCAGGAUGUAUUCCUCGGGGUCAGAAGACAUUGUCCGGGCUGUCUUCAGCACAGUGAGGGGAGUCAAGGUGACUGCUCUAGUUUCAGUCCAUUUCCUGUGGGCUCUGUUGCUUCUGGUCCAUGGCGAGGCAGACAUUAUGGUGAGGAGUAUGUGGUGGAACAAGAUGCCCUGCCAGGGCUACCCCUCCAGUGACCUGGCUUUCUCCACGCCACCUGCAGCCAGGACACAGACAACUCCUUUGCUUCCGGAGUCAUCCCAAGAAGAGCUGGACUUACAGCCCCAGCGUCCUCAGUUCCUAGAGGACAGUGAGGACCAGAGCAGGCGCACGUACAGGUGUGACUAUUGCAAUAAAGGCUUCAAGAAAUCUAGCCACUUGAAGCAGCACGUGCGGUCGCACACUGGGGAGAAGCCCUACAAGUGCAAGCUCUGUGGGCGCGGCUUUGUGUCAUCUGGUGUCCUCAAGUCCCAUGAGAAGACUCACACUGGAGUAAAGGCGUUCAGCUGCAGCAUCUGCAGUGCCUCGUUUACCACCAAUGGCAGCCUCACCAGGCACAUGGCCACACACAUGAGCAUGAAGCCUUACAAGUGCCCGUUCUGUGAAGAGGGAUUCCGCACUGCUGUUCACUGCAAGAAGCACAUGAAGAGACACCAAACGGUCCCCUCUGCUGCGGCCACCACCACGGAGACAGAGGCAGGAGACACGUGUAUGGAGGAUGAAGAAGAGAACUCUGACAGAAGUGCAUCAAGAAAGCCUCGCCCUGAGGUCAUCACGUUCACAGAGGAGGAGACGGCCCAGCUGGCCAAGAUUCGGCCCCAGGAGAGUGCCACGGUGUCAGAGAAGGUGCUGGUACAGUCCGCUGCAGAAAAGGACCGCAUUAGCGAGAUGAAGGACAAGCAGGCAGAGCUGGAAGCAGAGCCCAAGCAUGCCAACUGUUGCACAUACUGCCCCAAAAGUUUCAAGAAGCCCAGCGACCUGGUGAGGCAUGUUCGCAUCCAUACUGGAGAAAAGCCAUAUAAAUGUGAUGAAUGUGGGAAGAGUUUCACGGUGAAAUCUACCCUUGAUUGCCACGUGAAAACGCACACAGGUCAGAAGCUGUUCAGCUGCCACGUGUGCAGCAACGCCUUCUCCACAAAGGGAAGCCUGAAGGUCCACAUGCGCUUGCACACGGGAGCCAAGCCUUUCAAAUGUCCACACUGUGAGCUACGCUUCCGCACGUCAGGGCGGAGGAAGACUCACAUGCAGUUUCAUUACAAGCCAGACACGAAGAAAGCCAGGACGUCUGUGGCACAAAGCCCUUCGGAAGGACUGCGGCCUGUGAACCUCCUCAGUUCUUCCUCCCCUGACCCCAGUGUGUUCAUCAUGAAUAACUCGGUUCUGACAGGACAGUUUGAUCAGAAUUUGCUUCAGCAAGGGCUGGUGGGCCAGGCUAUCCUCCCUGCCUCUGUGUCAGCCGGUGGGGACUUGACGGUAUCUUUGACGGAUGGGAGCUUGGCUACCCUGGAAGGUAUCCAGUUACAAUUGGCUGCUAACUUGGUUGGCCCAAACGUUCAGAUUUCUGGAAUUGAUGCCUCCAGCAUUAAUAACAUCACGUUGCAGAUUGAUCCAAGCCUUUUGCAGCAAACUCUACAGCAGAGCAGCCUGCUCACGCAGCCCCUGUCAGGGGAGUCUGGCAUGGCCUCACAGAGCAGCUCUGUCCCAACUACUCCAGACAGCACUGUCCCAACCAGCGUGGUCAUUCAGCCCAUCCCAGGCCUGUCCUUGCAGCCCACGGUGACCUCUGCUAAUCUGACCAUUGGCCCGCUGUCAGAGCAAGAUUCUGUGCUGACCACCAGCAGCAGUGGAACCCAGGACCUCACUCAGGUGGUGGCUUCACAGGGCAUCGUGUCUACCUCCACAGGCCCCCACGAGAUCACCCUGACCAUCAACAACUCAAGCCUCAGCCAGGUCCUGGCCCAGGCCGCCGGCCCUACCGCCACGUCAUCUGCGGGGUCUCCCCAGGAGAUCACCCUGACUAUCUCUGAGCUUAAUCCUGCAAGUGGGACCAUCCCUUCGUCCACACCAAUGUCGCCCUCAGCCAUCUCCAGCCAGAACCUGGUCAUGUCCUCUUCAGGCAUGGGGGGUGAUGCGAGCGUCACGCUGACCCUGGCUGACACUCAGGGUGUGCUGUCAGGAGGCCUGGACACGGUCACCCUCAACAUCACCUCGCAGGGUCAGCAAUUCCCCACCUUGCUCACGGAUCCCUCGGGCCAAGGUGGAGCAGGCUCACCGCAGGUCAUCUUAGUGAGCCACACCCCGCAGUCCUCUUCUGCUGCUUGUGAAGAAAUAGCCUACCAGGUGACGGAUGUCUCCACCCACCUGGCUGCCAGCAGCCAGCCUGAGAAGGAGGGCCCUGCCCACCAGUGCCUGGACUGUGAACGCAGCUUCUCCUCGGCCGCGGUGCUGAUGCACCACAGCAAGGAGGUCCACGGCAAGGAGCGCAUCCACGGCUGCCGCAUCUGCAGGAAGGCCUUCAAGCGGGCCACACACCUCAAGGAGCAUAUGCUGACACACCAGGCAGGCCCCUCACUCAGCUCUCAGAAGCCCAGGGUGUUCAAGUGUGACACUUGUGAGAAGGCGUUUGCCAAGCCCAGCCAGCUGGAGCGCCACAGCCGCAUUCACACAGGUGAGCGGCCGUUCCACUGCACGCUGUGCGAGAAGGCCUUCAACCAGAAGAGCGCGCUGCAGGUGCACAUGAAGAAGCACACGGGAGAGCGGCCCUACCGCUGUGCCUACUGCGUCAUGGGCUUCACGCAGAAGAGCAACAUGAAGCUGCACAUGAAGCGGGCGCACAGCUUCGUGGGCACCCUGCAGGCUACCGCCGUGGUCCAGGAGCAGGACGGGGAGGAGCUGAGGGCCCUGCGUCUGGAGGAGGCGGUGCAGGAGGCGGCCGGCGAGUGGCAGACCCUCACCAACGUGUUCUGACGCCAUGGUGGAGCCUGCCCGGAGCCUGCCCGGAGGACUGCGGCCGCGAGGGUUAAAAAUCCACCACAAACGAUGUUUAGCUAGACGAUUAUCUAAAGAAUCAUUGUCUGUCAGAGACUCACAGGAAAAACUGAGAAAGAUGGAAAUGUGUUGUCAUUUGUCUACAAAUCACUGAACUCAGGUACUACAAUAGCUUCCUCUCCUCCAUGGCCAGUGAAUCUAGUUAACAGGAAAUUAACUGGAUCUUCCUAUCAUUGUAGUGUGAUUUCUUUGUAUUAGCAAAGACAGGAGUUAACAGGAAAGGUGUGUAAGGUUUCCUUUAUGCUUUCUGUGAUAAGAAGCCUUGCUUACAAUGCAUAGGGCAGGUGCAUGAAGUCCUCGGCAGUGUCAUUACACACAGGGUGUUUCCACUUUUUAUUCUGCAGUUUGAAGCUGGUAGCAACUGACUUUUAUUCUACCCUAAAUUAGUAUAGCGGAUGCCUUGCGAGAUGGCUGGACCCAUCUACCUCCUCACAGCAUCUCACCCCUGGUUGGAAGAACGCAGGAUCUGGGCGCUGGCAGGGUGGGGGCUGCCCCGCAGCCUCGGCGGCAGGUCUUCACUGCGCGGGGCUACGCAGGCCGUGGGUUGGAUGCCUGCAGAAGCACAAGCCAUACACUGCAAACAGGAAGUGGCAGGCAUCUCUUGGGACAAGCUGUCCCUGUCCAUCUCUGCAGGUGAAGGGUGAGGACCACAAGAACCCAUGGCUUUUUCCUCCUCCCUAGAGACGUAAGUUUUCAUUUCAGGGAGCUCUUUAUUGUCACCAAUGGCACCACACAGGACCUGUCUCAAACCAAAUCCCUCCUGUACUGGGCAGCGUGUGUGCCAAGCCCACAGCAUUCCAAAGACGGAAGGUUCUCCACUUGGUGUUAAUCCCCUUAAAACUAUUUAUAUGUUCUAUAUGUAAAUACAUGUGUACAUAGACAGCUGUAUGGCCUCCAUGUGGCUGAGUGGUGUAUUUGUAAAUAGCAGUGAGUCCUUGCCGUGGUACGCAUCCGAGGCGGCUCUCCGCACACUCAGGCGGACUUGUGUGCGUUUUAUUAAUAAAUGGAUAUCUUUUUCACUGUAACAGACAGCUGGGGUCUAUUUUUUUCUGGGGAUUAUUGCUCUGUUUUCUCUCGUGGCCUCCUCCAUUUCUGAAGAGCAGUUUUAUUAUGGUGUCCAGACUUGGUGCAUCGGGAGGGGUGCCACCGGGCCCUGCGGUGGGUCUAACCACAUUGCUCGCUUUGCGGUGGUCUCUUCUGGCAUCUUUACCUAAGUAAUGCUGGCAGUGACCAAAACAUUAUGUACAAUAUUUA